UAUCAAAAAAAUAGAAACCCUAAACCCUAAUCGUGUUCUUCUUCUUUGAACUUCACUGUACACUAGCAGCUCCUGAGCUCCACUACGUUAGCUUCUUAUUUAGAGAGAGAGAGAGAGAGAGAGAAAGAGUAGUGUCAAACAUGGCAUCUGUGACUUUGAAGAAGAACUACCGCAGCGUUCAAUCUCUGCAACAGUUCUACACCGGCGGGCCCUUCGCCGUCUCAUCGGACGGAUCUUUCCUCGUCUGUGCCUGCAAUGAAACGAUCAAGAUCGUCGAUUCCUCGAACGCUUCGAUUAAAUCGACCAUCGAAGGCGAUUCGGAGCCUGUCACAGCUCUCGCUCUCAGCCCCGACGAUAAGUUUCUCUUCUCUUCGGGCCACAGUCGGCAAAUUAGGGUUUGGGAUGUCUCCUCCCUCAAAUGUUUGCGGUCUUGGAAGGGACACGAAGGUCCCGUGAUGGGCAUGGCUUGUGAUGCAUCAGGCGGAUUGCUAGCAACUGCAGGGGCUGAUAGAAAAGUACUUGUAUGGGAUGUUGAUGGCGGAUUCUGCACACAUUUCUUUAAAGGUCACAAAGGGGUUGUGACAAGUAUCAUGUUUCAUCCUGACCCGAGUCGACUGAUUCUUUUUUCUGGAGGUGAUGAUGCGACUGUUAGAGUCUGGAAUCUUGCAACCAAGAAAUGCAUUGCCACACUAGAUAAACAUUUCUCAACGGUGACUUCCAUGGCCGUAUCUGAAGAUGGAUGGACCUUGCUUAGUGCUGGGAGAGAUAAGGUUGUGAACUUGUGGGAUCUUCAUGACUAUAAAUGCAAAGUCACUGUACCAACCUACGAGGGUCUUGAAGCUGUGUGCGCAAUCCCUUCCUCAUCUUUUCUUGCUUCUUGUCUGGACAAACAUCAGCAUAGGAAGAAAAGUAGUUCAUCAGUGAUCUAUUUUUUCACAGUUGGUGAACGUGGGAUUGUACGGCUAUGGAACUCGGAAGGUGCGGUUUGCAUUUUCGAGCAGAAGGCUUCCGAUGUCACUGUCAAAUCUGAUGACGAAGACUUGAAAAGAGGCUUCACUGCUGCAGUUCUGUUGCCCUUAGAUCAAGGACUGCUGUGUGUGACAGCUGACCAGCAAUUUCUUUUCUAUUCCCUUGCUGAUGGUGAAGGUUGUUUGAACACAACCAUAAGCAAAAGGCUUGUUGGAUACAAUGAGGAGAUUGUGGAUAUGAAAUUUCUGGGUGAAGAAGAACAAUUUCUUGCUGUUGCUACAAGUGUUGAACAGGUUCGAGUAUAUGAUCUAGCAUCCAUGUCAUGUUCCUAUGUACUGGCAGGUCAUACUGACAUUGUUCUUUGCCUCGAUACCUGUGUAUCAAGUUCUGGAAGAACCCUUAUUGUCACAGGAAGCAAGGACAACAGUAUUAGGUUGUGGGAAGCUGAAAGUACCCGUUGCAUUGGAGUUGGUUUAGGUCAUAUGGAAGCUGUUGGAGCUGUUGCUUUCUCGAAGAAACGGCGGAACUUCAUUGUUAGUGGCAGUAGUGAUCGGACGCUGAAGGUCUGGAGUUUGGAUAGUCUGUCAGAUGACAUGGAACAGUCUACCAAUUUGAAAGCAAAAGCAGUUGUAGCAGCACAUGAUAAAGAUAUAAAUUCUCUGGCAAUUGCACCAAAUGAUAGUUUUGUUUGCAGUGGUUCCCAGGACCGAACUGCUUGUGUAUGGAGGCUUCCAGAACUUGUGUCUGUCGUCGUUUUAAGAGGUCACAAAAGAGGGAUUUGGUCAGUAGAAUUUUCUCCAGUUGAUCAAUGUGUUAUAACAGCGUCGGGAGAUAAAACGAUAAAGAUAUGGGCUAUAUCUGAUGGUUCAUGUUUAAAAACAUUUGAAGGGCACACAUCAAGUGUAUAUAGAGCAUCGUUUCUUACACGUGGGACUCAGUUUGUUUCAUGUGGUGCUGAUGGUUUGGUGAAGCUGUGGACAGUUAAAACCAAUGAAUGUAUUGCAACUUAUGAUCAACAUGAGGACAAGGUUUGGGCCUUGGCUGUUGGGAAGAAGACAGAAAUUCUUGCAACUGGUGGCAGUGAUGCAGUAAUCAAUUUGUGGCACGACUCUACUGCUGCUGAUAAAGAGGAAGCUUUCCUGAAAGAAGAGGAAGGGGUUUUAAGAGGUCAAGAACUAGAAAAUGCUGUAUCAGAUGCUGACUACGCUAAAGCAAUCCAACUUGCCUUCGAGCUUCGCAGACCUCACAAACUUUUUGAGUUAUUUGCGGAACUAUGCCGGAAGAGAGAGGCUGAAGUUCAGGUAGAUGAAGCGCUUCAUGAGCUUGGCAAGGAAGAAUUUCGUCUACUUCUUGAAUAUGUUCGAGAAUGGAAUACAAAGCCAAAGCUUUGUCAUAUUGCACAGUUCGUGCUUUUUCGAGUUUUCAAUAUCCUUCCACCAACAGAGAUUCUUGAGAUCAGAGGCGUCGGAGAACUCCUUGAAGGUCUUAUCCCCUAUUGUCAGAGGCAUUUCAGUCGGAUAGACCGGCUGGAGAGAAGCACAUUUCUGUUGGAUUACACUCUGAUGGGGAUGUCUGUCAUCGAGCCUGAAAUCGAAGAACGAGAGUUGAAAGAGGUGCCUGAAAUGCAAGCGGAUACUACAGGUGCAGUUCAGGAGCCGUUGUGGGCCGAACCUGAUGUUGAUAAGGAACAAAAGCACACCAUCGAUGAGGUAAAUGAACCUGAUGUUGAUAAUGAACAAAAGCAGACCAUCGAUGAGGUAAAUGAGAGGUCCUCUUCAAAGAAACGGAAGUCUAACAAAUCAAGAGACGUUGCGUAUAAGAAAGUGAAGGGGGCGGCUCAGGCAAAAGUUUCAGCCAUUUCAUCCGAGGCCUGACAGAUGAGAUGAUGUACAAAACCAUGUAUUUGUCCAAUUUUGACCCCAAUAGUGAGGCUUCUUGUCCUACAGUUUGAUUGUUUAUGUAGAAAAUAUUGUGUUCAAUUAUUAAAGUUAUUCCAAAUACUCUAUCUCAAGUCGGGAUAUUAAGAAGGAAAUAUCCAUUCUUUAAAUCA